AUGGCAGAUACUAGCACUGUCGCAUAUUGCGGCCAGCAACUCAUCGGUGUAUCCGUUGCUAUUGCUGCUAUUCAAAUCAUUAUUGUCGGGGCCCGUUUUUACACUAGAUAUAUCCAGCGAGUAGCGAAUGGAAUCGAUGACUAUCUAGUGAUCCCAGCGUUGAUUGCUAGUUUAGCACAAUCGGCACUCUAUAUUUAUUUGGUCAAGCGGGGAGGCCUUGGUUAUCACCUCGAAUAUGUCGCGCAGACUCCAUCAAAAUUGGUUAUCUUGCAGAAGGGCCUCUACGCAAAUCAAAUCCUCGAUUUUCCUUUCACUGUAGCGCCCGCUAAGAUCUCGAUCCUCCUCUUCUACGUGCGCAUCUUUCCCGUCCACAAGUUUCAAAUAUUUGCCUAUAUCGUGGGCGCAGUUGUGCUAGGCCACGGAAUUGGAGUCUUGCUCGCUGCGGUCUUUCAAUGCUCGCCCAUUGCAUACACAUGGGAUAAAACCAUCGUUGGAGGCUCGUGCUUUAACCAAGAGGCAUUCUUCCGUUAUGUUUCGCCCCCUAAUAUCUUGACCGAUGUUUUGGUCUUGAUAAUGCCUCUGCCAUACGUCUGGAAGCUUCACGCCCACGUUGGCCACAAAGUGGCCUUGACCGGCGUCUUCCUUUUGGGAAGUUUGGGAACUGUCGCAAGUAUCCUUCGUAUGACUAUCUUUUUCCAGGAAAGUGCUCUUACAGAUCCGACGUGGACUUCUGUCAAGCUUGGGAUUUGGACAAUCCUCGAAAGUGGCAUUAUCAUCAUCGCAGCUUGUCUUCCUCCCAGUUGGCCUUUAGUUUCCAAAAUACUACGUCGCCAACUCUUCAUCAAUUCUUCUUCAACACAACAGCCUCGUCCAAGGUAUAGCAAUACUCCGCGCCAUGUAAAAGUUGGGCGUGGAUUCUCGCAACUUGGACAUAGCGCAAAAGGGGGAAAGCCGUCCCUCAACUUGAAGGUAUCCCAGGCAGUAGACUCAGAUCGAAAUCCUGAUGAGAUAUCCCUGGUGCGGGUUUCCCGAUCAGGCGAAACCUAA